AUGACCAUGGCCGGGGGCAGGAGAGGACUGGUGGCCCCGCAGAACACGUUUCUGGAGAAUAUUGUCCGGCGGUCCAGUGAUACUAAUUUUGUGUUGGGGAAUGCCCAGAUAGUGGACUGGCCUAUCGUGUACAGCAAUGAUGGAUUUUGCAAGCUGUCUGGCUAUCACAGGGCGGAAGUGAUGCAAAAAAGCAGUACCUGCAGUUUUAUGUAUGGGGAGCUGACCGAUAAAGACACAAUUGAAAAGGUGCGGCAAACAUUUGAGAACUAUGAGAUGAAUUCCUUUGAAAUUUUGAUGUACAAGAAGAACAGGACACCUGUGUGGUUCUUUGUGAAAAUUGCUCCAAUUCGAAAUGAACAGGAUAAAGUGGUUUUAUUUCUUUGCACUUUCAGUGAUAUAACAGCUUUCAAACAGCCGAUUGAGGAUGAUUCAUGUAAAGGCUGGGGGAAGUUUGCUCGGCUGACCAGAGCUCUGACGAGCAGCAGGGGCGUCCUGCAGCAGCUGGCUCCCAGCGUGCAAAAAGGCGAGAAUGUCCACAAGCACUCCCGGCUGGCUGAGGUUCUGCAGCUGGGCUCAGACAUCCUUCCCCAGUACAAGCAAGAGGCCCCGAAGACUCCGCCUCACAUCAUCCUACAUUACUGUGUUUUUAAGACCACGUGGGAUUGGAUCAUCUUGAUUUUAACCUUCUACACAGCCAUCCUGGUCCCUUACAACGUCUCCUUUAAAACCAGGCAGAACAACGUGGCCUGGCUGGUUGUGGAUAGCAUCGUGGAUGUCAUCUUUUUGGUGGACAUUGUGCUGAAUUUUCAUACUACCUUUGUUGGACCAGCUGGGGAGGUGAUCUCUGACCCCAAACUCAUCCGCAUGAACUACCUGAAGACGUGGUUUGUGAUUGACCUUCUGUCCUGUUUGCCAUAUGAUGUCAUCAACGCUUUUGAGAACGUGGAUGAGGUUAGUGCCUUUAUGGGUGAUCCAGGGAAGAUUGGUUUUGCUGAUCAGAUUCCACCACCCCUGGAGGGGAGAGAGAGUCAGGGCAUCAGCAGCUUGUUUAGCUCACUGAAGGUCGUUCGGCUGCUUCGUCUGGGGCGAGUGGCCCGUAAGCUGGAUCACUACAUUGAAUACGGAGCCGCCGUGCUGGUCUUGCUGGUGUGUGUGUUUGGGCUGGCUGCUCACUGGAUGGCCUGCAUUUGGUACAGCAUUGGGGACUACGAGAUCUUUGAUGAAGACACCAAGACCAUCCGCAACAACAGCUGGCUCUACCAACUGGCGAUGGACAUUGGCACCCCUUACCAGUUUAACGGGUCCGGCUCAGGGAAGUGGGAAGGUGGCCCCAGCAAGAAUUCCGUCUACAUCUCCUCGUUGUAUUUCACUAUGACCAGCCUUACCAGCGUGGGCUUUGGCAACAUUGCCCCAUCCACAGACAUUGAGAAAAUCUUUGCGGUGGCCAUCAUGAUGAUUGGCUCGCUUCUGUAUGCCACCAUCUUCGGGAAUGUGACGACCAUUUUCCAGCAGAUGUAUGCCAACACCAACCGGUACCAUGAGAUGCUCAACAGCGUUCGGGAUUUCCUGAAACUCUACCAGGUGCCAAAGGGCUUGAGUGAGCGAGUCAUGGAUUAUAUCGUGUCCACCUGGUCCAUGUCCAGAGGCAUCGACACCGAGAAGGUUCUGCAGAUCUGCCCCAAGGACAUGAGAGCUGACAUCUGUGUGCACCUGAACCGCAAGGUGUUCAAGGAACACCCAGCUUUCCGGCUGGCCAGCGACGGCUGCCUGCGGGCCCUGGCCAUGGAGUUUCAGACAGUGCACUGCGCCCCGGGGGACCUCAUCUACCAUGCAGGAGAGAGUGUCGACAGCCUGUGCUUUGUGGUCUCUGGCUCCCUGGAGGUGAUCCAGGAUGAUGAGGUGGUGGCUAUCCUAGGGAAAGGAGACGUGUUUGGAGAUGUGUUCUGGAAGGAAGCCACCCUGGCCCAGUCCUGUGCCAAUGUUAGGGCCCUGACCUACUGCGACCUGCAUGUGAUCAAACGGGAUGCCCUGCAGAAAGUGCUGGAAUUCUACACGGCCUUUUCCCACUCCUUCUCCAGGAACCUCAUUCUCACCUACAACUUGAGGAAGAGGAUCGUGUUCCGGAAGAUCAGCGACGUGAAACGGGAGGAGGAAGAGCGCCUGAAACGCAAGAAUGAGGCCCCGCUGAUCUUGCCCCCGGACCACCCUGUCCGGCGACUCUUCCAGAGGUUCCGGCAGCAGAAGGAGGCCCGGCUGGCCGCGGAACGGGGCGGCCGCGACCCCGACGACCUGGACGUGGAGAAGGGCAGCGCCCUCCCCGAGCACGCCUCGGCCAACCACAGCCUGGCGAAGGCCAGCGUGGUGACCGUGCGCGAGAGCCCCGCCACGCCCGUGGCCUUCCAGGCGGCCUCCGCGGCGGUGGCAGACCACGGCCGGCUGCACGCGCCCGGGGCCGAGUGCCUGGGCGCCAGGGCGGGCGGCGACUGCGCCCGGCGCAAGGGCUGGGCCCGCUUCAGGGAUGCCUGCGGCAGGGCCGAGGACUGGAGCCAGGUGGCCAAGGCCGAGUCCAUGGAGACGCUGCCCGACAGGACCAAGGCGUCCGGAGAGGCCACCCUCAAGAAGACGGACUCGUGUGACAGCGGCAUCACCAAGAGCGACCUGCGUCUGGACAACGUGGGCGAGGCCAGGAGCCCCCAGGAGCGGAGCCCCAUCUUGGCGGAGGUCAAGCACUCUUUCUACCCCAUCCCCGAGCAGACGCUGCAGGCCACCGUCCUGGAGGUGAAGCACGAGCUGAAGGAGGACAUCAAGGCCUUGAACACCAAAAUGACGAAUAUUGAGAAACAGCUCUCUGAGAUACUCAGGAUAUUAACUUCCAGAAGAUCCUCUCAGUCUCCUCAGGAGCUGUUUGAGAUAUCGAGGCCCCAGUCCCCAGAAUCAGAGAGAGACAUUUUUGGAGCAAGCUGA